UGAACUUGUAUGAAUUUCACAAGUCACAACCGAUCAAACCUAGAGAGAGAGAGAGAGGGGGGAGAGAGAGUGAGGAUGCCGGCGACUGCGGUGACGAUCGGAGCUCUGCUAGGAUUGGGUACUCAGAUGUACUCCAAUGCCCUUCGCAAACUUCCUUACAUGAGGCAUCCGUGGGAGCAUGUGUUGGGGAUGGGAUUGGGAGCAUUGUUCGUGAACCAAUUGGUGAAAUGGGAUGGUAAGCUUCAGGAGGACCUGGACAAGAUGCUCGAGAAAGCUAAGGCCGCCAACGAGCGCCGUUACUUCGAUGAAGAUGAAUAGCGCGUAGAUGGCAUGGAAUGAAGCAUCUUACAACGUGGCAUUUAAUUCUAUGAGAGUGUGGUCCCCAAACCAGCUCAUAUUAUGGAUUGUAGGCGCAUGUUUGAAUAAACUGUUGUGUCUGUUUCUAAUGUUGUUAGUACUUUUUACCGCUCUGUUGGCAUUUUGUUUCACAGAACUUUUUGAGAUGCAUUUUGUAUUUAUAAUACAAUAAUGCAAGUCAAUCUUAAAUAAUUGGAGUCCUCUGCAAAUCCAUUUCAAAUUAAUGAGACAAUGUGGAUGUGCAAGAUUUUAAGCUUU